CCGGUCAAAAUAGAUUUCGGGUCGGGUAUUCGGGUUUUCGUGGCCCAAUUAAGACUUCCGGAUCGUAGCAGUCCUUCGCCUUCUUCUUCAGGUGAGUUGAGUUUAGCUUCUGCUCCAUCCGAUUUCCUUCAACUAUUUUCUCAGAAAGUUGCCUUCUUCUUUGUUUGUAAGUGAUUGAAUUAGGUAUUUUGUCUCGCUCUCUCCAAUUUGAGUUACAUAAUCUCCAAGUUUCUUGCUAUUAGGAACACUAGCUGAAUCUAUACAAGUGUUUCAGCGUUUAUAAAUGGAUCGAAGACAGCACGAUUAUGCUGCUUCUUCUGGGUUGCCUUAUGCUCAGCAACAACAGCAACAAGGCCCUAACUUUCAACAGCAACAACAACCGCAAUUCGGAUUUCAUCCGCAACAUCCACAGUAUCCUUCACCAAUGAACACUUCUGGUUUCAUUCCUCCUCAUCCUUCUAUGCAGCAGUUCCCUUACCAGCAUCCUAUGCAUCAGCAGCAGCAGCAGCAACCGCAGCUUCUUCCUCAUCCUCCUCACCCACAGAUGUUUGGUCAACAGCAACCUCAGGCUUUCCUUCCUCAUUUACCUCCACAUCACCUUCCUCCCCCAUUCCCUGGCCCGUAUGAUUCAGCUCCUCCUCCUCCUCCUCCAGCUGAUCCAGAGCUGCAGAAACGGAUUGAUAAGCUUGUUGAGUAUUCGGUUAAGAAUGGUCCCGAGUUUGAGGCUAUGAUGCGAGAUAGACAGAAGGAUAAUCCUGAUUAUGCGUUUCUCUUUGGAGGUGAAGGGCAUGGUUAUUACCGCUAUAAGCACUUUCUCUCUAUGCAUCCCCCUGGAGGACCCUUUGAUCCUCCAUUUCCGUCAUCUUCUAUGCCUAUGAUACAUCAUCCACCAAAUCCCAUGAUGAGUCCUUCAAUGAACAAUGUGCCUGGUGCAUUGGCUGUGCCACCAAUCCGUCAACCUCCUUUCCCACCAUUCCAUGACCAUCACCAGCUCCAACAGCAUCUUCCUCAACCUCAUCCUUUUACUCCCCAUGCUCGUCCUGAUUUUGAUCAGUCAACUCAUGCAUUCCGAGGUCUUUCUGGUCCACUCCCUGCUGAUGUUGCAAUGGAACUAAAUAGUGUCUUGGGCAACCUUAAUGGUACAAAAGAGUCUAUCAAAAGUGCUAAGAUUUGGUUCAUGCAGAGAUCUCCCUUUGCACCAGCUUUAGCAGAGGCACUUAGAGACAGGGUCUUUGCAAUGGAUGAUUCUGAUAGGCAGAUGCACAUAGUGUAUCUAGCUAAUGACAUUCUCUUCGACAGUUUACAACGAAGGACAAACUUGCACGAGUUUGACAAUGAAGCUCUUGCUUUCAGACCUAUUUUGGGUUCCAUGCUCGGGAGGAUUUACCACUUUCCACAAAACAAGGAAGAAAACCAGUCACGUCUGGAAAAGAUUUUGCAGUUCUGGGCUUCUAAAGAGGUUUUUGAUCAAGACACCAUCUCCUCCCUUGAGAAAGAGAUGAAAAGUGGACCACCUGCAAAUACCUUUUCUCAUUCUCCCAUUAUAGCAGCAAAUGCCUUACAACGUCCAGGAAUGCUGCAACAGCCACCAAACAGUAAUGUCCCCAGCACAAUGAAUUUAGAGCAUCUGACUAAUCCGGUCGCAACCCAACAAUUUAUCCCAAAUGUGAUGCCUCCUGGUGCCUUUCCCGGUUCCAUACCGCUUAACGCUUCUGUUCCACCACCAACCCAACCACCUGCUGGUGAGAAGCCGCCUCCUUAUCCUCUCUUUCCUCCUGGUUUGAUCCCUGGGAUGGUCAGAAAGAUGCAGAUUGGUAGUGGUGUGCCUUACUCUCCAUUGAGCCCUCUUGAUAUCCCAACGGUCAUACCACCGUCUGAUACACCUCAAUCUGAAGUACUCGAGAGAGUAUCUAAGUUCUUCAAAGAGAUAGGUGAGGUCAACCCAAGUGAAGGCCCCAUGGGAUCUGAAUCACAUGACGACUAUGAUAAUUAUGAGCGGGAUAGUCCACAGCGGAAAGGAGGUGCCUGCAUUCCUCCACCUCCCAACCUACAGGUGGACCCUGAGACAGGAACAUAUGCGGAUGGAAGCACCGAUAAAAAGAGUGGAUCUGGGAGAUUGGGACUUGGGGCAACAGCUGAUCCCAACGAACCAACUCAGUACGAUGAUGUUUAUACAUCUUACAGGAAACACAGAAGUACGAAUUAUCACACAUCCAUGAGUGCAAGAGCUACAACCAGAUGAGAUUCGGUUCCAGUUCCCAUCUUCUAAUGGCUAGUUCAGUCUGUUUAGAGUCGAGCCUUCUAGUGUCUAGUUGUUAAUGUGACAAAUGUGAUCUUCUCUCAGCUUUGAAAUAGAAUUAUCAUCACAUC